CAAAUGUCGCCGCUAUUCCCUUCGAGUCGCUUCUCUUCAAUAUGGGUGCAUAUUUAAACAUUUUUUAAAUUUUGUCUAUCAUCUAUACUGUGUCUAUAAAUGUAGAAUGUACUAUGUUUAAGAAAAAUCAAAUGUAACCCCCUCUUUAUAUUUAUAUUUGGCUAAGUUAUUUAAAAAUGACCAUCCAAGAGCACCAGAAAUACCAAUCGAAACUCAAUGAUAUGAAGGUAAAUCUAAUUUCUUACUUUAAAAAGGCCUAUCAGGAUAUACUAUAAUAUGCACAGUAUUCCAUUUAAAAAAGUAUGGAUGCGUUGCUCCUAUAGAGAGCGGCAUAUUUUCCAGUUUCCAGAGUACAGUCAGAUAAGACGCAAGCAAAAUGAUCGACAAUCCACCCCCGUUUUGUCCAUUCCGGAGAGCCUCAUUGCUCCCUCCAAGCACCACCAGUGGUGGCAAACGAAGCUUAACAUCGAGGCAGAGCUCCAUACAAAUCAUGAACGAUGAGGAUGAAGACGAGAAAAGCACCUUGAAUCUGCAACAUCUCAACGAAGCUAUAUUGGUUUUGACAUCUCCCUCGAAUGAAGCAAUUCAACAAGCACUCAAUUCUCUUAUCCUUCGAGAGAGGAAUAAUACUGCCACUUAUAGAUGCCUUGACAAACUACCGAAGAAUCUAUCACUAUGCCCUCAUUAUGCUUACUUGGAGGAUUUAUACGAAAUAAUUGGCUUAGAGAAAGAGAUUGAGGUGAAUACAUUCUUCGAACGUAUUGGCAAUGAACUCAUUUCCAACCUUUUGAGUACUGCUGGCCGCUUGGAGAGGGCAUUCAGAUGCUUAGGUGGUGACCUCAGAGAGUUCCUCACAACGUUAGAUGGAGUGCAUGAUGUACUCAAGUACCAAGAAAAUGCAACGGAGGAACCUGCUGAACCAUCAGAAGCUGCGUUUAUAUGUACAGAUUGUGACGAUGAGGUCAUCCAGUUGGAUUUUAUGACUGACAGGCCGGCAAUAGCAGCAUUACUAGUUGGAAGUUUGAAAGCAAUCGCUAGAAUUCUCUACAGUACGCAAGCAGAAAUUUCAGUUACUCAAAGUAAUCAGGAUAAGAAGCAUUUCAGAUUUUUAAUAAAAGGAACAACACUAACUGGUACAUUGUGUAAACAGAAUUCCAGUGAAGAAAAAUGUAUAAAGAGUAGAUUGCAAAUGGGCGUUGUUACAUUCUGUAAAGCAUUUCCAUGGCACUUUGUUCUAGAUAGAAAAUUGGAGUUGGUGCAACUAGGUAGCGGUUUCAUGAGGCUAUUUGGAAGGUAUUUGAUGAAAUGUGGUACUUCUGUUGCAACCUACUUUGAAUUCAGAAGACCAAGCAGUAUAACGCUGGCUUUCAAGCACAUUGUCGAAAGAACAAAUACUCCUUUUGUAUUGGUGGUGAAGAAACCAAAAGGUGUUGAGAACUUUAACGCCCAGGGUUUGCAACUAAAAGGUCAGAUGGUUUCCUGCCCUGAAUCAGGUUGUGUUAUGUUUAUCGGCUCUCCAUUCAUAGACGGUCUAGAAGGAUUGACAGGAAGUGGUCUUUUCAUCUCUGAUAUACCAUUACAUGACGCUACAAGGGAUGUUAUUCUCGUUGGAGAACAAGCGCGAGCUCAGGACGGGCUCAGGAGGAGGAUGGAUAAAUUGAAAAGUUCUAUUGAAGAGGGAAACAGGGCAGUAUACAAAGAACGAGAGAAGAAUGUCAGCUUACUGCACUUGAUAUUUCCCCCUGAUAUAGCCAAAAGACUAUGGUUAGGUGAAACGAUAGAAGCCAAGACUCAUGACGACGUGACAAUGUUGUUCAGUGAUAUUGUCGGAUUCACCUCCAUCUGCUCAACAUGUACUCCUAUGAUGGUGAUCAACAUGUUGCAAAAUCUGUACAACGAGUUCGAUGUCUACUGCGGGCAACUAGAUGUAUAUAAGGUUGAAACUAUUGGUGACGCAUACUGCGUAGCUGGAGGACUACAUAAAGAAACGCAAACACAUGCUCAACAGAUAGCUUGGAUGGCACUGAAAAUGAUAGAUGUGUGCUCAUCGCAUCAUACACCUCAAGGAAAACCUAUAAAGAUGAGGAUAGGUCUCCAUACUGGUACAGUGCUAUCCGGAAUCGUUGGUGUGAAAAUGCCACGAUACUGUAUGUUUGGACAUAAUGUUACUAUCGCCAACAAGUUUGAAUCAGGCAGUGAACCUCUCAAGAUCAACGUCAGUCCUACAACUUACGAACGCCUUGACCAGGCUGGUGGUUUCAUCACAGAAGCCCGUGAUAGAAGCUGUCUGCCAAAGGACUUUCCUCAGCAUAUUCCAGGAACAUGCCACUUCCUAAACGACUACAAACAUCCAAAGGUACUACGCGAGGAGCCUCUGGCCAAACAUAUCCAAGCAGGACUCUUGGACAUCGGGCUCAACCCCGAAGGCACAUAAUCACAUAUUUUGUUCACUACUAUAAAUAUUAACAACUUCCAUAUUAUAUCCAACAAAAUGAGUUAUCUGAGUUUGAUGAAAUAUUUUUCUUCGAAAAUAAACAGGCUAUAGUAGCUUUCAGGUGUCACAGUGCUGUAGAAAUUAUUACAAUUCUCAUUUCAUAUCUUAUACGUAUAACUCUGGUAUACUCCAGAUGUCCAUAAAGACGUAUAUAAGGCCAAUCUAUAUUUCUGAUCGAUAUAUGCCUCACAAGAUUGAUUAAUCAUUUUACCCGAAAAUAACAAAUUUAAUACUAUAUUUCCGUGUCCAAAAAUUAUCCGGGAUGAAGUAAGAUAUCGUAGCACCAUCUAUGAAAAUGUGUCACAGCUACGUUCCUCCCCGCGCUAAUUAGAAACUUACUUUGGAAAGGUUAGUAUCUUAGUAGAUGACGAUGUAGACAAAUAUGUGCUAUAUGCAAACACUAACCUCUUCAAAGCAGAUUUCUCAUCAAUCCGGAGGAGAGAAAUGUAGCUGUGAUAACUUCUUAUAAAUGAAGCUACGAUAUCUCAUUUCAUAUAAUUUUUGGGACGCGAUAAUGUAGUGGAUCUCUUUACGUAAAAUACGUUAAUGAAUGGUCAUAAUCACAGUUUCCUGAAUCGACACAAAAACACCUGGUGACAAAUAUUUUUUUUUCAUUUUUUAAUGUCUCUUUACGCUGAUCCUUUAGAAUUUGUCACCUAUAAGAAAAUACGCUUCCAGCAUUUUUUUUGUUUUUGAGUAUUACUAUGAUAAUACAUUAGAUAAUUAUAGGUAACGAAACAUUACUAAAGGGACCUACUGUAUAAAUAUAUGAUGACACUACUUGAUAUACUAUUUAUUAUAAUCUAAUUCAAUGAUAGUUGUAUGAUAAUGUAAACGCAAUACUAAUUGUAAGAAAAAUUAAUAAAG